UAUAGUCGUGGCUAUCAUUGCGUUUUGUCGCAUUCGUUGCUAAAAUUUUGUACGGUGUUGUGUCUCGUGUUAAUUUUAGAAAUUCCGUCCUAUUCAUUUGAAUUCAGACUGUGGUGGCACACGGGAGAGCGUUAAGUGAGCGCACUAUAUAUAAUAGCUGCAUUGCAAGUGGAAAAAAGUAGAAUUAAAGUUAGUCGGAGUCGUGUUCAAUAAAAUUUUUGCUUUAAAAUAUUUUAAAAUUUGAUAUGUGGAAAGUGAAUUUAGAUUCCAAUUAAAACAGCAGAGUAUAUAAAGAAAUUACAGUUUUCACAUUCCAUAGCAUGGCAAGUGGUUGUGAGUAAAAAAUUAUAUACGUGUAUAUAAUAAUAUGCUGAGCAACUGGUGUAAUUCCAAUUGGAAAAUAUAUAUGUAUGUGUCUUGUUAAGGAAAGAAACACGACAAGUAGAUAGAGAGAAAGAAAUAAAAGCGAAAUGAAAAAGUAAAACUGGCCAAAAAUAAAAAGCACAAGUCAACAAAUAUAAAAAGAUAAAACGAAAAUUUCGACAGAGCACGCAAACGUGACAAAUYGUGAAACGUGUAUAUGUAUGUAUUUGUAUAGAAAAAAAGUUUUUUACUGAGGAAACGACGGAAAGUAAAGUGAAAAAGUUCGUAUGAUACUUGCUGUYUCAAAUAUCUUAUAAAAAUCACGUUUUCACGUUUUAUUUUUGAAAAUUAAAUUUUGUGUACGCGUAGCGACUAUGAGGCGAUUCAAGGUUUUCGUAAGAAACUAAAAGCGAGAACGAAUAGAGUAAAACAAAAAAUGUAAAAUAAGUUAACUUGUUGAAAAGCAAGACGAAUAAGUAAAAUAUUUCGGGCGGUGUCGUUCACUCGCUAUAUUAUCGCAGUUGGUGUUUUCAAGCCAUUGUUGCUACCCUUAUAUUGCUUGAAUGGAAAAUUUCAAUUGAAAACCGACGAAUAAAGUAACCAAUGAAGGAAGAAAGAAAAUAAUAAAUAUCGCCUCGUUGUGGAAAAGAUAAAUUUGUAUAGUGGCUUUAUACAAAAAUAGCAGUGAAACAACACACAUAAAAGUAUUAGGAAGUUUACGACGUUACUGAUUAAGAAACCUACACAAAUAAACCUGAGGAGCUGUGCAUGUGCGACUUUUACCAGAAACGUUGGUAUUAGUGAGUGUUUUCAGAGAUAAGAAUAUAUAAAAAUACGUUUGUUAUCUGGAGAGUCUUAUCAGUUUGGUGCAGUUUUUAACGCUCACAAAUUUACUUUAAACUAAUUGAUUGCCUUCCUUGUAACGUUGCAAAACAUCUGAUUCUUCAUAUAUUAACUACAAAAUUAGUAAAAGUGAACUAAAAUAAUAUGUACUGAAAAAAKACCGAAAUCAAAAUAAUUAAUUUGGGCAGAAAUUGUAUGUUAUGGUAAUUUUAGACACAAGGCGCCCAGUUUAUGAUUUAAGUGCCUAUAGUUGUAGAAAUUACUUUUGGAUAUUUAAAUCAACCCAAAAAAUGCAUUCGUAUUGGUAAAAAAGAGCGCAGAUUACAAGUUAAGUGAAAUGUGUAAAUUGUUGAUUUUGUGAUAAUAUUGUACCUGCUCCAGGAUUUGGCUCCAUUCUCUAUCUCGUGUUCAAUCCAACACGAAAUAUUAAAAUUGUUACAAUAUAUUUCAUCAUAAAAAGUAUAAUUCCGUUUUUUUAUAAUCUAUAAAUUAAAAGUUUAUGUUGGUUCUAAUGUUCUACAACCGAAAGAUUUAAAAUAUAUUUUGUUUCAAACCGCUAUUGAAAAGAAUAUAUAUAUAUAUGUAUGUAUAUUGAAUAAUAAAAAGUACUGCGUGUAAUUUCAUCGAAAUUAAUCACACCGUAGUCGAAGGUACCAAUUAGUUAUUUCAACUAAUACGAAGGGGAAUAGGUGUGAACUAAAUGUUUUGCUGUUUUACAAUCAUACAAUAGCCCAUGCAAGUGUAAAAGGGAGUACCGUGCAACAGUACACAAACAGCAAAAAUUAUCCCGAACACUAUAUUGGUCGUUCCAUCUCUUGCAACUGUUGAGUCCAGUCAACUAAAAACGAUUGCCACCAUUCCACCUCAACUGCAUCCAACACAUAGCAACAAAAUUAAGUACGAAGUUAUGGAAUCGUACUGGAGCGAAACAAAUGGACACGCUCCGCAUUCGGUUAAGUAUGAAAGCGAAGCAGCAGUAUCCAGUUUUCCUUAUUGCACAGAAUCUAGCUUAAAUUUUUCCACAUCAGCUACAGCAUACAGCGAGGAUGAUGCAGAAUAUGCCACCGGAAGACGUAAUAAAACUUCGAGGCAAGAUCCCUUAUCUCAUCGCAUCAUUGAGAAACGAAGACGCGAUCGCAUGAAUUCCUGCUUGGCAGACCUUUCACGACUCAUUCCACCUCAGUAUCAACGCAAGGGUCGUGGUCGCAUUGAGAAAACAGAGAUCAUCGAAAUGGCCAUUAGACAUUUAAAACAUUUACAAAGCGAAUGCAUCCAGAAGGACAACGAGUACCGAAUGGGUUAUACGGACUGUAUGAAAGAGGCCGCCAAGUUCCUCUACGAGAGUCACAUGGAGGAGUUUUGUUACCGUUUGGUGGCACGUCUGCAGGAGCACUGCGUGGAGUUGAUGAAAAAUGACUGCUAUAAAUCACGUAGCUGUCAUAUACCAGAUAAUGUGAGUGCAUCGAGCGGCAGUCCGCAUCAGGCAUAUCACACGGCUGCGCCACUUUGCCAAUUGCGUGACAUGCUAGGCAAUUCGGAUAUUGAGCAGAGCAAUGAUCAUAAUGAUGUUAAAGAUUUGAGUUUCCGCAAUCAUUUAAAUCAAAUGCAACGCAAUGUUGCUGCCGCAGCUGCUGCUGUUUCGGUUAACAAUAACACUAAUAGUAGUAUCGUACAUGAGCAUAAUAGUAGCGGCAGCCAGACCAAUGCAGCUAGCAACUCAACCACUUCAUCGACGACAACGUCUUUGAAUAACACUAUUAGCACGACGACGGCAGUGCCUAACAACGGUGUGUUGGUAGUAGGCGGAGGUUCAACGAACAGUUCGCAACUACGUCCACAUCAGGCUCCCGUAAUAACUUCUACGGGGCCGGCGAUAUUGAAUCACCAUAACGAAACCAGUAAUCACGACUUUGAAUCAUCGCGAGAACCGCUCUUACAUACUGAUACGUCCAAUAUGCAUUCACCUCCACCACGCGAUUCGUUGCUGCAUCAUCACGCUCACCUGAAUCAUCAUCAACAUAAUUCGGAUAGUUUGUUGUCAGCGCGUAUGCGGAAUUUUUCUGAAUCAUCCCACGAUAUUGAGCACAACAAUAACUAUAAGUACAAAAAUCAUAUAAAAGAGCGUUUUAAUCACGAGCUGCAUGACGAAGAGACAUCUAGCGAACAUUGUCCGGCACCGCCACUUCUACAAAGCGAACAUUCGCACACUCACUCCUUGUCUGAACAUUCGAAGGAUGGCACCGAGCCCGAAAUUGCACCAAUUAUAGCAAAGAAACGUAAAAUGGCAGAGGCUGCAGCUGCAGUAUUGGCAGCGGGCACAAGCGCCAAUAGCAAUAUCGCUUUGGACGACUGUGACACCCGUCCCCCCGCCACCACUAAUAGCAUGCUGAGCACGCGCGAUGAAAAACCCUUUAGUUUCGCCGACAUCAAAACUGAAUUAAGUGCACAACCCUUUGGAGGUGCGAAGUCGCAUUUUAGUACCCCCAGCAGCACCACCCACGUAUCACCGAAUUUACAAUCGUCGCGUUCUUUCGCUGUACCUAUCUUUGCUUUACACGGUCAAGGUACUUACUACAUACCACUAAAUAUUGAUUAUAACGUGUUAGUUCCAUUUCUUAAUGGCGCCGAUUUACUGGAAAAGAACUAUGCGUCGAUGCCGGUAGUGCAUCCAAUAAAUAUUAAUGUAAAUUUUAUGCCCACCUCAUCAUCAACAUCCAUACUUGCUGCCGCUGCUGCAGCGGCCGCUGUAGUGGUGGGCAAACAGCAAUUGCCUCCUGUUAACGGCACAGUAUCCUCGACUGCGGCGGCUGCGGCUGGCAAUGUGGCCGCUGUGGCCAAAGCUAAAUUAGAGAGCAUCAGUAACGGUUGGUAAUCACGAGAAUAUAUUUCAAUAUCAGUUAAAAAUAUAUUACAAUAACUGCAACAACUGUGCGCAGGCGCACGAAAGUAUAUGGUGCACAGCGUUUCACGCACUGGUCGUUUGUCUUCAAGACAAGGCCAAAUCCUCAAUUACUACUACAAGGAACAGCACUACCUCAGAUAACUGUGAAAUAGCAUGAAACAGUGCAGGUACUUUGAACACAGCGUCAGUCUGCAACAAGUAGCUAGUUAUCGUCCACACACUAAGCUGCUAAGCUGCACGUAGUCCACUAUUACAGCACAGACAUUUCGAAUUGGAUAGGGUACGGCUACCUGACUGACAGCUAUAAUGUUUACAGUUAUUUCAAAAUGAUAUUGAUUAUGCGAGCGAAAAUAAAUAUGGAAAAAAUAAGCAAACAAACGAGGAAAACUUUAAUUAAUAAUUAAAAAUACUACUGACUCUGAAAUUGAAGCAACUGCGAAAGUCUAUUCUAAAGGACAUAACAGCAACUUUUACAAAACCUAUAAAAGUGGCAAACAAUAAAUUAUUUACAAACUUUUAGAUACUGAAUUUUUCUGUUCACGGACUGGGAUAGCUGCAGAGCAAUGAGUGUGCAAUUGAAAGAUAAUUUUUUUAAGUUAUUUAGUAUAAAUGUAUGUAAGUUUUUACUUGUAUAUGAGUAGGGCAGCCAAGGUUUUUAAAAUGUAGGACUAAACACAAGUUACAUUUGCUGUGUAUUAAAUAAAAAACAAAUGCUACUAGUCAAAAGCUACAAUGAGAAAGAAAAAUAAUAAUAAAUGAUGUGACUUUGUUAGAGAAAUAGGUUUACAGUUACUCAUACAAAAUAAUAAGUUAAUGAUACUUCUUGGAGUAAUAUUUUUAGGAUAUUUUGUGUAACAUAUUUCUUAUCAAAGUAAGUAAAAUUGUAAAAUGUUUUCUUUUCACGAAGGAAAUUAAGUUA